AUGUCUUUUGAUUGGCUAACUAUCCCAGGGUUGCAAGUAGAUAGUGAAUCACAAGAAUCAUCUGAAAGACCGCCACCGCCAAUACCUAAUCUUUCAUUUAACUUUAAUGAAGACUCAAAUAGCAUUGGUAACGAUACAAGACAUCCUUCUGAGCAGUCAGAUAGUGUUGAAGGUGAAAAUCCACCUCCCCUACCAUCACGUUCACACCUUCAGGCUGAAGUAAUGCAUGAAAGUUCUUCUAUGAAUUCUCUAUAUGAUAGUAAGAAGGCCAAUAAUAACAUAAAUGCCAAUAACUCCGAUACUCAGCUGGUAGCGUAUACUGAAACUAAAGAGGAUAUGAUGGUUCCUUUAUCGCUUUCCAGUAGUAUGUUGGAUGAACAAGAGUACAAGACUUAUAAAAGGUGGUAUAAUAUGCUUGUAUCUAAGCGACGAGGCCAAAAUAUCCAAUUGGAUCAUAUAUUCAGCUUUCUCGGGAAUUUUCAUCUUACAGAUCUGAUAAAGGAGAGAGUUAGGUAUAUUUUUCGAUCAUGCCAGCACUCAGUUAAUAUUGCGCAGUUCUUCGCUAUUAUGAGGGUAAUAUCGCACUCAUUGCACGAUAGCAGAUUACCAACUAGGCAAAAUAUUGUUGAGAAGGCUCCUGUACCUACGCCAAGGUCUAUUUUAUCUUCUGAAGCCGGUCACGAAACUUAUGAGGAGGUUGAGGCCGACCCUAGGAGCGAGAUUGAUAAUAAGGUAGAUUUUGAUAGUUUUGCUUCCUUGUUGUUAACUGGCAAAUCUGUGAGAAAGAAUAUUCGUAGAAAGAUUAAUAAGAAAUCUGGUAAGGUCAAAAAGGUUGCUUUCUCUGAUAAUCUAGUAACAUUUCAUGAAGAAUAUAGACUGGAGGAUGAAGGUAUAUAUGGCGAUUUUAAAGAAGUGGAAGACAACAAUGAGGAGGAUUCUGAAACAGCAGGUCCGUUAGACUAUUCUCUUCCUAUGGAAAAGUUGUUAAAGAAGCUGUCGGCUCGGAAGCACCAUAACUCGGCUUUGGUCUCGGAACCAGCACCUCAGCCUGAAACUGCUGAAGAAAGGGAAGUGCUAGCAGAUAUGCAUGACUCUUUGAAUAGGUUUAAACAAAUUCAGACAGUCGACAACGUGACACUAGGGGAUUUCAGUUCUCAGUUCAGGGCCUACAUUGCGGGAACUCACUCAGACUCUACUAGUUCGGACCCUCAAGUUGAAGAAAUUGCAACUGAUGUGAAUGAAAAAAAUGGUAUGUAUUCUCCGAGCCAGCGACCUAUUCAAGUCCAGCGGCAACAGCAAUCUUCACAGCAAUCUUCACAGCAACAGCAACUAAAUUCCUCUCCUUUCCCCCCACCACCGGUGGCUCAGCAGUACCCCCAACAAGCUCCAACCUCAUACCAAUCACACUACUCAAUGCAGCCGCCCGAAUACGCACAACAUUCAUCCCAAGCUACCCCAGUCAAUUCCUCACGUAGCCCCGAGCCUAGAAUGCCUUUUAUGCAAGAUCAUAAGGAAGAGGAACGGCCGGCAGCUCACACAACUGUGCUAGAGCCUUUAAGACCCACAGCUACUGGUUCUGCUAAUAGGCUCUUUCGUUCACAAAUGGAAUCCAUAAUGCCCAUUAAUGCAAAGCUACCAGCUGCGCAGCCUCCCGUACAACCCCCUUCGCGUCAAGUGCCAGAAAUAACUGUUAUGAGGCCAACCACAGAAUCCAGUUCGGAUUCUAAGCAGUAUACAAUGCAUCCGCAAUAUCCUCCUAUGCAAUCUCAACCCACACCAUUGUUGUCGUCGAAUUCCGCAGUAAGCACUCCGUCCCUAACGGUUCAAGAUGUAGAUUAUAUUCCAUCACGUCCUUACCAACAAAGGUCACCAUAUCAGCUACAAUCCUCUCCACAAACUCCUGUCAGAACAUUAAACAGCUCACCUUAUCACUUAUCCCCAUCGCAUACAGGAAUUGUUUCUUCAGGCCCUCAACCCGGCAAAUAUUUCAGACAUAACAUCACUCCCUCCGAUCUCUCUCCGCAACAUAAUGCUCUAGCUACCUAUCAACCACCAUCCGUCCAACAAAGUGCCUAUUUAAUGACGAGAAAGCAACCGCAGUACAACCAGAUACAGCAGCCAAUGCAAUCUACUUCUUUAUUGUCUGUGCCGCCAGAAAAGACAUACAAUAGCUCAUAUCUCGCUCCAAACCAGGCGUAUUCCAGACAGCAACUUCCACAGCAAAACACAUUGCAAUUUCAAGGUCGUACGUUACCUCCUUCAUACUCACAAACACCUGGUUACCUAAACGAUUUAAAGGCCUUACAGGACCAGGUCAACGAGAUACAUAGAAGCUACAAUAGGAGGUGA